CUAUGUCUGGCAAUCUAUGUAAGUGACUGAAUGAAUCACACUUCCGUAGUACUACACUGCAUUUGAUUGACAGCACGCGACUUGUGUAACUGCGCUAAAAACCAAGACUAGGGGCCCGAUUUCUCUCUACAGAAGAGGCCACGUACGGUAUAUGGCGCUUGACAUAUUAAUCAACUCUCAUUAUCUACAUGAGAUGCGGCGACAAUAUCGUAUUAGGACGGUAAAACAAGUUGCAGUUCUCAUUAGGACAGUAAAACAAGUUGCCGUUCUCGGGCACCUCAACCGGAUUUCUGAUAAGCGACUCCCAAAAUAGUCAACGUCUCCCAUGACAACGACGUCGUUUAUCGUCCAAACUUUUCAUACUGCUCUUUUAUUACGAUACGGUAGUAGUUUGUUCUACAGCAAAACAUGGAUACUAGUAAAAAGCCAUUACGAAUACCUCCAGAAUUUGGAGUGUACGCAGAAGAACAUGAAAUAUUCGAUAUGUACAAACGCCUUCUCAGUCAAGUAAUAGUUGAAAAACCUGAUGAUCCCAUUCAGUUCAUGAUAGACUGGCUUAAAAGAGACAGCAGUGACACGACUAAAAUCGUGGUCGUUGGCCCACCUUGGAGCGGAAAGACAUGUAUAAGUACAACUCUAAGCAAGCAAAUCAACUCAGUGCUAGUAACAGAACAGGAAAUACUGUCAGAUGAACUUUCAGAACAUUCCAAGAAGGCAAAUGCAUUGCUCGCAGAAAAGAAGCCAGUUCCAGACACAUUAUGGGUUCAAAUGAUCAGAGACAGAGUAAAAAGAAAAGACUGCUUGCGCAGAGGAUUUAUCUUGGAGGGAUUUCCAAGAAAUAGAUCCCAAGCGUACGCACUCCAAAGUUAUGGAAUAAUGCCAACACAUGCUAUCAUCUUGGAUGCACCUGAUGUGGUUUUAAUGGAACGCCAAGGUGGUAAACGAGUUGAUCCCAUAACUGGUGAUGUUUAUCACACAACUUUUGAUUGGCCACAAGAUGUUAAUAUUCAAGCCAGACUGAUUGAGCCAGACAAGAUGUCAGAGACAGACACAAAAGAAAGGCUAGAUGAAUAUAAUAGAAAUGCUGAUGGAAUUUCGAACACAUACGCAAAAGUUUGCAAAAAGUUGAAUGCUGAUCAACCGAAAGCGGAUGUUCUUGCUCAAGCAAUCUCUUUCAUUAAUACUCGUCAACGAUCCGAAGCUGCUCACACACCAAGGAUUGUUUUGAUUGGUCCAACAGGCAGUGGCAAAAGUGUUGUGGCAGCACAACUUGCUCAAAAAUAUAAUAUUGUUGAUGUGUCUUGUGGAUUACUGAUUAAACAGCAAGUUGCAGAUGAGACAAGACUAGGAGAAGCAGUCAGGCAAUAUGUCGAAGAAGAUCAAAAACCUCCAAACAAUCUUGUUAGCAAGAUACUUUCUGAUAGGUUAACACAACUUGAUGCUACUACAAGAGGUUGGGUCUUACAUGGCUACCCACUCACAAGAGAACAAGCAGAAAACUUGACCGAUAGUGGUUUGAAACCGAAUAGAGUAUACUUUCUAGACAUACCAGAUGACGUAAUUGUAGAACGAUUGUGUUACCGCUUGACGGAUCCAAUAAGUGGUGAAAGAUAUCACACACUUUUUAAUCCUCCUCGAACUGCUGAUGUAAAAGCUCGUUGUGUGCAAAAUCCCAAGGAUAAAGAGGAAACAGUUCGUUCAAGACUGGAAGACUAUCACGUGUAUUCUGAAGAUUUGACUGAAUAUUAUAGAGAUGAUGGUUCAGUGAGGAUUAAUGCUGAUCAGGAUCCUCACACUGUCUUUGAAUUUGUUGAUAGUAUUCUGGUUAAUCCAUUACCAAGAAAGCUCGGAAAAGACUAGAAACUUAUGUGUUAUCAUAUUUGUUUAUUCAUAUAUUUAUCACAUUUGUUUUGAAAAAAUUCUAAUAAAAUUUAGAAUAAAAUACAAAUGCACGAAUAUGUUUGGUUUCCCCUGACAUCAGCUUUCAGUAAAAUUGGCUAAUCAGUAAUAUGUCCAUGGUAUAUUACCAAUUUAGCAGACACUUUUUUUGCUCAAGAUUUUUAAACAUGGCUGUGAAUUGUUAGCUUAUCUUUAAAGCUAUUUAUCAGUUUUUAGUGGCGUUUCUAAAAUGCAGGUCAUUUAGUAAGUCCUCACGAAGGUUUUAGAUUGGUCCUGAAAGUCGCGGAUUGACUAGUCAAAAAUUAGCUACCAUAAUUGUAGACAAAUUCUGGGGUCAAAGGUUGGUAAACACGCACUUUGUCUAAUAGGAACCAACAAAUUUUGGAGAGAAUUUUUACAAGCAGGAAAACUUCGCCUAGACGCAACAAACAAAUAUGAGAUCAGUGGAUACACCAUGGUUUUAGUAUCUGGAAUACUAGAACUAAACAUUCUGACAUUUCUCGCAACUGUUACACAAUGGAUAAACUGAAACACUUGUUUAAUUAAUUUAUUUGAAUAUCAAACAUACAUAAUUGUUAAAAAAUAAUUUCUGAACAAUGAUUGUACAAAAAUAAUCAAACUUGUCUUACAUACUGAUUAAAAUAGAGUCUGCACCUUGCUUCAAGCAAGAAAAGUAGAUAUUAUUGGGAUUGAAAACCUGGUUACAGUGUAUAUCUAUCUUGAAUAAGGCUAACAACAAAAACAGAUGAAGGUGAAUGUGAGCACUACAUAUCUUAUGAAAAACUAAGAAUAGAAGGAACCAGACCCAUUUUUUCAGAGCAAAGACAUUAUUAUUUGAGGGCUAAAAUUUCAAAAUAUCUGAAUAAAUAUCAUAAUUUUAAAUCUAGUGUGAACUGAUUAAAAAUAAUAUUCUCAGCUCUUCUCCGAUGACAUUAUUUUAACAAGGAAAAAUGGUAAUCAA